AUUAAAUUAAGAAUACGUGGAUUAAAACAGAAAAGAAAAAACGAGGACUUGUUAGGUCAAAUCUCAAUCGCUUAAAACUUUCCCCAAAACCUCUCUCUCACUUUUAGUUUUUUUUUCUCUCUCUCCGAUCGAAUUCUCAGCCGGCGAACAUCUUCGACUCUCUUGUCACUAAAGAUGCAUUCGAGCCAUCUUCUCCUCGAGGAGCCCAUCAGAAUGGCUUCAAUCCUCGAACCAUCCAAAUCCAGUUUCUUCCCGGCAUUGACUAAGAUCGUCGGGACUCUCGGUCCGAAAUCCCGAUCCGUCGAGACUCUCUCCGGCUGUCUCAAAUCCGGCAUGUCAGUGGCUAGAUUCGAUUUCUCUUGGGGCGACGCUGAGUAUCACCAGGAGACGCUUGAUAAUCUCAAAAUCGCUGUCAAGAGCACUAAGAAGCUUUGUGCCGUUAUGCUUGAUACUGUGGGACCUGAGCUGCAAGUUAUCAACAAGUCUGAGAAACCUAUCUCUCUUAAAGCCGAUGGACUUGUUACUCUCACACCUAAUCAAGACCAAGAGGCGUCUUCUGAAGUCCUUCCCAUUAACUUUGAUGGGCUUGCCAAGGCGGUGAAGAAAGGAGACACUAUCUUUGUGGGGCAGUACCUGUUCACUGGUAGUGAAACAACUUCAGUUUGGCUAGAGGUUGAUGAAAUUAAAGGAGAUGAUGUCAUUUGCCUGUCAAGGAAUGCUGCUACGCUGGCUGGUGCUCUCUUCACUUUGCACGCCUCUCAAGUUCACAUCGGUCUGCCAACUCUUACUGAGAAAGAUAAGGAGGUUAUAAGCACAUGGGGGGUUCAGAACAAAAUUGAUUUUCUGUCACUAUCCUAUUGUCGACAUGCGGAGGAUGUUCGCCAGACUCGCGAAAUGCUUAAAAAGUUGGGUGACCUCUCUCAAACGCAAAUAUUUGCCAAGAUUGAGAAUGUAGAGGGACUAACCCACUUUGAUGAGAUUCUACAAGAAGCCGAUGGAAUUAUUCUUUCUCGUGGGAAUUUGGGUAUAGAUCUACCCCCAGAAAAGGUGUUUUUGUUUCAAAAGGCGGCUCUUUACAAGUGCAACAUGGCUGGAAAGCCAGCCGUUCUUACUCGUGUGGUUGAUAGUAUGACUGACAACUUGCGACCAACUCGUGCAGAGGCAACCGAUGUUGCUAAUGCUGUUUUAGAUGGAAGUGAUGCAAUUCUUCUUGGUGCUGAGACACUACGCGGAUUGUAUCCUGUUGAGACUAUCUCAAUCGUCGGAAAGAUCUGUGCUGAGGCCGAAAAGGUUUUCAAUCAAGAUUUGUACUUCAAGAAGACUGUCAAGUAUGUUGGAGAACCGAUGACUCAUCUGGAAUCCAUUGCUUCUUCAGCUGUACGAGCAGCUAUCAAAGUUAAGGCAUCUGUUAUUAUUUGCUUCACGUCUUCUGGAAGAGCAGCCAGGUUGAUUGCCAAAUACAGACCAACAAUGCCGGUUAUUUCUGUUGUCAUUCCACGGGUUAAAACAAAUCAGCUGAAAUGGAGCUUUAGUGGAGCGUUUGAGGCGAGGCAGUCACUUAUUGUCAGAGGACUCUUCCCCAUGCUUGCUGACCCUCGUCACCCGGCGGAAUCAACAAGUGCAACGAACGAGUCAGUCCUGAAGGUUGCACUAGACCAUGGGAAACAAGCAGGAGUGAUAAAGUCGCAUGACAGAGUAGUUGUGUGUCAGAAAGUUGGUGAUGCAUCUGUGGUGAAGAUCAUCGAGCUAGAAGAUUAAUAAAUGGGGAGGAUAACAAACUGCUACCUACUUUGUUUUUGCUUUGAUCCAUUGCCGGAGUUAAGUAUAUACUAAUCUUCGGGACUUGUGGUUUUUGUACUUAGGAGAUUUCAUGUCUCUAACGAUUCCCUUUCUUUUUUCUUCGCUAUACAUUUGGUUGCCUUCAGAUUAAGCUACGGUGAAAAAGUAUACAAUGUUACAAAUUUUCAUUUGAUGGAUUAUGUAACAUACAAACAAAGUAUUUGCUGUGUAGCUUAACAAAAACGAAUUUAUGGGA